AUGUCGCAGCUGCCCCCUCCAAAUUUUGGAAACUUUCCGCCACCUUUCAACGCGAACGGUUUUCCAUCGUGUCCAACGCUUGCCCAAGGAGCUGCUUUUUCAAUUUUUAGCAGACCACCGUUUCCUCCGCCAAGCUUUUCGCCAAGAUUACCUUUUAACUCGUUUCCUGGUCCUCCAUUUUGUCAGUUUAGGCCAUCAGUAUGGCCGAAUGGUAACUGUUUAUCCAACCACGUGGCUCAUCGCCAUCAGCACCCUCCGUCGCCUCUGCAGCGUCCACCACAUGCACAGGUUUCCAAUUUCCAGGUAGUGUCUAAAGUAACUGAAUAGGUAGCCUGCAUAGCUGGUGGUGUUGUUUCUUGCAAGUGCAAAUGAGCAGCAAAGUUGCAAGGUGUGCCCUCUUGUCAAACAAACCAUCAACUAUGCAGGCUAACAAAUGGUUGUUAGCUCAUGGGUAGCCUGUGUAAAAUAAUGGAUACUCACAGGAAGUUUUUCAUUUUAGCUCAUUACAGGGAUUACACGUUCGGUCAUAGUAGCUCAUUGUAGGUCAUUGUAGAUCAUUGCAGAUCAUUGUAGGUCAUUCCUUGUUUUAGUAACCUACGAUGUGCGACCACCUCUCAUAAGCUACCACCUCCCAUAAACAACCGCCAAUCCAAAACACCAAAAGUUUCCUGGUCAAAGCCUCACAGUUGGAACCUCUAGUAAAAAAACUAGUAAACAUACUCUAGUAAGUGACCGCGACCACUUUUUGGGCCUGAUGGUUAAUGAUUUCCAUGGUUUUUAACCUCUUGUAAGCGACCACUGGACCCAUUCUCUGAUCUCUAUGUGCGCUGUGUGCACUAUGCUACUUAGAGUAUACGAAGAACUUUAGUGACAACAUGGAAUUAUACAUGUCAUAACUUAGACAUUGCAUUCAAUAAAUUAUCUUCCAUAAUUUUAAGUAGAUGUACCUGGACCUCCUCUUGGAAAAGGCUCCCUAUGAUUCGAUUCUUGUAAUUUACCACCUCCCGUAAGCGACCACUCAGUCUUUGCAUUUUGGGUGGUUGCUUAUGGGAGGUUUUACUGUAGUUGUAAGUGUGCCUAUGAUCUAGUGAAAAUCAAAAACUGGAGUUGUAAUGUGUAGUCUGGAAUCAAAGUCAGGAGACCAGAAGGUUUCCAUGUUAUUCGGACUCUGCUUAUGGCUCUAUCAUUUAUGAUCCAGCUAAGCUUGAAACAGAUUAAGCAGCAGGAUAAGUUCAAUCACAAUAUUCAUUCCUUUGCUUUGUGCUGGGUUUAGUGCUUUGGCCUCUGCUGGUAACUCCAGCAACCUAAUCUUCACAAGAUUGUAAGUGAUGAAAUGGUAAGCAGAAGCAGGAUGCUGUUUCCACUGGAUCAUUAUGCACUAUGCUUCUCAUGAUCUUGACUUCAACUCCAACACAAAGAGAAAUUACCAGCAUAAAGAGUUGCUUGAAGUAUCUCUGCCUUCUGUGGUACUAAGCAAACCCACUCCCCAAAAUCUGGUCCAUGUUUUGUCGGUAAAAUCCAUUUUCAGGUUAAACAUAUUAAACCUAGUACUGUGAUUCAGAUUUUCCCUUGUUCCCCAGCACCAAUUAUUCAUAAGAGACAAUGGAAAUUCUGGUUUACCCGGAAAACAGAACUCACCUACAAAACAUGUACGACCACUGGGCCUUUCUUUUAAUAUCUGUGCCCUUGUUGUUGAAGGUUGAUAUAUGACUUUUACACCCUAAGGAGAAAAAAGGUCAAAGUACUGACACAUUUUUAUUCUCUUUUAGGGAAAAACAAGUAGAGCCCAUGAAAAAGGUCAGAACUCUGUAGAAACUGAGUUCAGCUGUGAUGCAUGUCAAAAGCAGUUCACCAGCAAAGAGACAUUAACUGCACAUUUAGGAACACACAUUCAGGUAUUGUUAAAGCAGUAGUAUUACCCCUGAGAGAUUUAGAGUCCCAUUUGCGGCACAUGUCAGAUAUGAAUUUGUACCACAUGACCAAGUUUUCCAUUUACACGUCAGUUACUGUUCACUGUGACCACACAGAAAUCGGUAGAUUUACAUUAAGCUGGUUGACUUCAAAAUGUUAACAAACUGAUUAUGCCUUUUGCAGUGUAAUUAUGAAGAUUGUACAUUCAAGGCAACAAGGAAAAUGCUCAAACUACACUGGAUACAGGUUUUGUACAAAAACUAAAUAUUAGCUAGAGAAGUGAUAAAGUUUAUAUAAUGAUCAGCAUGGUAUAUUGUUACAAAUGAUGUUAAAUCUCCUGUUUCUAGGUACACGCACCAGGAAAAAUGAGGAUAAAACUGGAUACACCAGAAGAAAUAGCUAAAUGGCGUGAAGAGAGAAAGAGGUUUGAGCAAAGAUUAAAUAUAUAUUUUUUGAGAGACUGGGAGAGGAGUUCAAAUUUUCCCAGCCUACUAUCUAUAAAUUUCCUAAACAAAAUUUACUGCUUUUACUGGGCACAGACCUCCCCAAUGGGGAGGGCACAAAUGGAACCGAUAGGCCCUGUGUGUAAGAUGCCCUCCUGACCAACCCCACCCUAACCUGCAUUUGUAACAAUACUUUCCGUCUUUACUGAGCAUGGACCUCCCCGAUGGGGAAGGCCCAAAAAUGUGACUCAUAGGUCCCAUGUAGGGUGCCCUCCCCUCCCCACCCUAAGCUGCAUUGCUUAACAGUAUUUACCUCAUUUUCACUGGGUUAAGACCGGCCCAAUAAGAAGGACACAAAUGCAACUUAUAGGCCCAAUGUAAGAUGCCAAUAGUCCGUAGGGUUGGUUGGUCAUUGCCAGAGAUUAUUUUGUCCUUUGUGGCUUGUUAACAUCUCACACAAGAUUCAGAUUGGGAAAAGUGUUGUGAGACAGGGCCUACGGUUUUAUGUCCUUAUCUGAGAAGCAAAGGGACCCUGAUUGCUGGUUUUCUUGGCUACAGAUCUAAGAAGUGUUCAUCGUAGAGUCUCUCCCACUAUAAUACGGGCACAGUGAGAUAGGUGGGGGGGAGGGGGUAACACUGUUUCUCUAUUGUCUGUAUUAAGGAGGUAUAAGCCAGUGAAUCUGGGACCUUUUCCUUUUUUUCCCCGCUAGGAAGUACCCUACUUUAGCUAAUGUAGAGAAAAAGAAAGAAGAAGAAGCAAAGAGAAGAGCAUCAGGGCAGGUUUUGAAGACCAAAAAUUUUAGGUACAAUGCAAUUAAUAUCAUGAUUGUAAUAAAAUAUUAGUGUUCAUUUAGUGAAAUUCCCUAUCACAUGACUGACAGUCUGUAUUCAGAGAGAAUCGGAAUGCCUUCCUUAGGAGAAGGGAUUAGCACAGUUGGUUAGUGCUUGGCCUUCUGUGUGAGAUGCCCCGAUUUCUAUUCCCAAGUACAACCUCAAAUACUCCUUUGGACUUCUUUCCUUUCUACGUAGCUGUAAGUAGCUUUAUACCUGUAAAACGAAGCAUUGAUCAGUGGUGGAUCCAGGGAAAGGGGCCUGGGGAGCCUGCCCCCCUUAUUUUUAGGCCAAAAUGAGUCCCAAAGGGCCAAAAAAAUUUUUUUUGAGACUGCCCCCCUCACCUUAUCUGAAGGUCUGAAUCUGCCACUGCUGAUGGAGAGGGUGGGUAAAAUUGUUGGUCUCAGGUGUAUUAAAAAUAGACAUAAAAUAGACUCUUUACAUUCUUUACCUCCUUUGAUACCAGUGUUUAAGUAAACAUGGACAGGAUAUCCUAUGCUGUUUCAAUCUUGUACAGAUGUAUCAUCACCAUAACUUUGUCUGAGCAGGGUAUUAGUUAUUGCUUUAUUUCAUUUUAUCUUUCAAGAUAUCAUAGAGGUCGACAGCGUGGGCGAAGAUCAUCCCAGCAAGGUGGUCGCAAUCAUUUUAACAAUCAAGGCCACCAUGGCAGGGGAAAGGAGGACGUCAAUAACAAAGAAAUGUCUAAAAACCAGACACAAAACAGUGAAGUAGCAGAGAGCAAAGAUAGUGAAGGACAUAACAGGUUGCAAAAUGGCAGUGAUCCACUCUCAUUUGUACUUGCCAAUUCACAUGAUGAGGAAGAAUCUGGUAAGUCCAUGUAGAAUGGAAUAAGUUUUUCAACAUGUAUGUUUAGUUCUUAUUUAUUUAAUCACUUCUACCAUAUGAUGCAAAACACACAACGGAGCGGGGCUCCAAUUUAAGGGUGUCCUUACAGAUAACCCACCCAGCCCAGGAAAGGUUGACCACACCACCCGGGUCUACGUCCCCUACUCUUUUCAAACAGUGGUGUAGGUUCUUUUAUGUCCCACAAGAACAAAUCAGGGAAAGUGCUGUGAGACCGGACAUGCAGUUUUUCAUCCUUAUCCAAGAAGACUAGAAAGUCUAACCAUUUGCAGAUCUGAUUACAAAGGCAGCACUUUCUCCUCAGUCAUUUUAAGACCCUGAGUGUUGGUCCAGCUGGGAUUUGAACCCACGACCUCCCACUCAGCAGACCGGUGCUCUCCCAACUGAGCUAACCAGGCAAUGGUUAGCAACAAAACACAUUAAUUAUUUUUGUUAAAUUUGUUAGUGUCCUCAAUUAGCAAGUCUUUUGAUACAUUUUUUGGAGUUGCCCAAUCUAUUUGUGAUUUGAGGUUUUAUGCUUUAGUAUCAAACUUUAUCAUCUGCCACUGUAUAGAAAGGAAUCCCUAUAGAAAUCACAAUCUUUUAAACAGAUACUAGUACUUGAUGGAUGGAUAUAAAAACUGUUCAGACAGAUGUCACAACUGUUCGAAAUGUUUUAUGAAACCAAGUUGAACAGAUUGUGAAAGCCUUUUAUUUUUUUGUUUUAGAUUCAGAAACUGGAAAUCAAGACAAAAGAAAAUGUCCCAGUACUACUCAAGAAACGACGCCUAAUAAAGCACCUGUGCAAGUUUCAGCUCUGAAUUGUUUGUGCUCAGCAUAUGCUAGUGAUUCUGAUGAUAAUGAAGAAAUAUCAGGUACAAAUGAUCAAAAAAUAUAAUUGAGCUUGUGGUGUUUCAACCAGAUAAGGUUAUUGUUCAGCUGAUGAUGAUAAUGAUGAUGAUAGUGUUUUAAUACUUUCUGGUUCUCACUUCUCUAGCAACAGAAAUAAACAACAAUAAGGAAACCAACUGCACCAACUAUGAAAACAUCCCCGAGAAAUCUUGUUCAAAUGAAGUGAAUUCAAGACACAACAUAGAUAGUACAAAUGAAACCAGAGUGGACACUAACAGCAAGAAAAACAGUAAAUCGCGAAGAGGUCAUAGGGGGAAAAGGAAAACAAACUCUAAGGUGAGAUCAUGCCUGUCAAACAUCACUGAGCGGAUUUUGACCAACUGAAAAUGACUCUCUCUUGCUGUAAGUAAUGUAUCAAAUGUGAGAAAAAGUUUUUAAUCCAGUAUCCUGAUAAUAUAGGCUUGAAGAACUUAAACACUGCCAAGUUUAUUUAAAACCGACUGCUAGGUGUGUAGAAAUGGGAUGAAACACUGUGUAAAGGAAAAUAUUGCUUUUUAAAUGGUAAAUAACUCUUCAAGAAAUUCAAAGCUAAAAUUUGCAAAAUUGGUAAAAACCUUCAUUUUCAUUCAUUUUUUAAUGGGUUACUUAGAGAACUUUAUUUUAAAAUAGGUAGGAAGGAAAGCCCGAGUCAUGUGUCAAUAUAACCUGAGAUCAGGCGUUUUUUUUUUUUUUUUUUUGCUUCUUUGUUUCUUUGACUCAAGAGGGAAAAAAAAAUAACGCCUGAUACAUUCAUUUAACAAGCCAUUAACCGCCCCCUAAUUUACAUAGUCUAACGUCUUCUUGACCUGUCAUGUUAUUAGCCAAUACCAGGUUUCUGAAGGAGGAAUUAAAGUCAGGUCAAGAUUCCAUUCAUGAAUUGAUUAUUUGAAAAGUGAACCCGUUUGUCGCUUCUGUAACUUGCAGCCGGUAUCAAAUUGCAUUCAAAUGAUCUGUGAAUUUUUGACUGCAACCUUUUAGUAUACGUUGAGAUGGAAAAUAUUUCAAUGGGUGAAAUUUCUAUUUAGGCAUUCUUCAAAUUCAAAUUCAAGACAUUUUAUAGUGAACUCGCGUGUGUAUUCACUGCUCAUGACGCAAGCAAAAAUGCAGACUGAAAUCAACAACAACUAACGGAUGGCGGCAUUUUGGCCAAUCGGAACAGCGCAAAUCAUCCGUAUUGUUUCCAAUCCAAUCAGAAAAAAGUCCAGAUUCUGGCUUUUUUACUUGUGAUCCGACAAAGAAAUGUAUCAUGCCCUCUUCCCGUGAAAGACUUUAAGGGAUAAUAGGGAGAUCGAGAGCAUGAUCUCAGGCUAGUGUCAAUAGAAUGUUAUUGUUUUAAAAGAUACAUGCAGAAGCAAGAAAAAAUACUAUAUAUUUAUACAUAUUUUUAUUGGUUGUUUGUUUGUUUUUGCUUUUCAUAUUUAGGUUGACUCCAAAUCACCGAGUAUAAGGAAAUCAACUCUUUUAGAAAAGCUUUUGGCCCCAGAAAUCCGCCAUGAGAGGAAUGUCAUUCUACAGUGCUUGCGGCACAUCGUCAAAAAGAACUUCUUUGGUGCAGGAGACACCAUGUCAGCAACUGAUUAGCAAUGGAGUCUACAAUAAGACUAUUAUUAUUUUGGCCAUCCUGUGAUGCCCUUAAUACACUGAAGUUAGCGACACAGUCCUUUCAAGAUCCAUACUGAAAGAAAAUGCAAUAAAUCAUGUUUUGUUGAAAUAUUGUCUGCCAGUGAUCUUGCUGGCAGUAAAAAAAAUUGCCCACAUCUCACACUUAAACUUGCUCGGUAUACCUUGCUUAUUUAUUGUUGCAUUCCUUGUUUUAUGCAUUACCGAAGACUGUUGGCUCAUCUCUACUCU